UGCUUGUAUGCAGUGAAUCAUCAAUCGAUCGACACGAUUGAUUGACAAAGCAACGCAGCAAUUUUCUUGCAGUAGGAAGACGCAAAAUAAGAGAGGACAAAAUGACCGUACAGUGGACAUUGGCAGCGGGAUUCUUGUAUGUAGAGAUUGGAGUGAUCAUGCUCUUCUGUCUUCCCUUCAUAUCUCCUUCAAGGUGGAACAGCAUAUUCAGGUCCCGUUUCGUCUCAGCUGUUUUUGAAUAUGGCAAUUUUUACUUCAACGUGGUCGUUAUUGUCAUGUUACUUCUUCUUACAGACUCUGUGAGGGAAAUGCUCAAGUACAACCAAUAUGACACGAGCCACCUUGACCUGAAGAACAACCCACAAUCUGAAACACUGGUCCACAUGAAGUUGUUCAGAUCACAGAGAAACUUCUACAUUUCUGGCUUCUCCUUAUUCUUGCUGAUUGUGCUACGAAGAAUUGUCAAACUCGUUUCCAGACUGUCAGUGAGCGAGGCUUCCGCUGCAGCAAGCAUUAGACAAGCAAAGUCUGCAAGUGAACAAUGCCAGAAGCUUAUGAAGGAGAUUGAAAUGCUGGAAAAGGCCAAAAAAGGUGAAACAGAUGAAAAUGAUGAAGAAGCUGAAAGCGAUGAAGUGAACAAAUUGAGAAAAGAGUUGGGUGAGAAGAAGAAAGAACUUGAAGAAAAAUCUAAAGACUUGGACAAGACCAAAAAGGAUUUGUCAGCAUUCAAAGAGCAAGCUCAAGGAGUUACUCGGGAAUAUGACAGACUUUUGGAAGAACAUAAUAAAAUUCAGACCCAGUUGGAAAAGACUGACGAUGAAACCAAAAAAGAAGACUAGGAACAAUGCAAGGAAAUGCAUCAAUGUUAGGAGAAGUUUGUUUAGUUUUAAUAUUAAAAUGUUAUGGUAGAGUGACAUAACAUCUAAUGAUUUGAUAAUUACUGGUAUGUUAUUUAAAAUGAUUAUAGAUAAUAAUCACACCAAGCUAAGACAA